AUGUGUAUUAGACAGCUCUCGCUGCUCCUUCCCCUCACAGUUGCACUCCUCGCCACUCCCGUUUGCUCGACAGCUGGCACUCCGCGGCGGCAGUUGCGGAAGGCGCAACCAGCAGUGACACCCAACGCCACGCUCGUCCUGCUUGCGAACAACACGUUCGGCGCUAAAUGCCUCGACGGAAGUCCCCCCGGGUACUACUUCCGGCCUGGCGCGGCAGCGGGUCGUCUGCGGUGGCACAUAUACCUGCCCGGGGGCGCGUGGUGCGUCACCCCCGCCGACUGCUCCGCCAGAGCCGGCACGCGCCUGGGGUCCAGCAAGAGCUUCCCCGCCAACCCCGCGCACUAUGCGGCGCAGCUGAGGCCUCCGUUCGAGGGCAUUCUGUCGGGCAGCGCGCAGCAGAACCCCGCGAUGUACCAGUGGAACCUGGUGCGCCUCAUCUACUGCGACGGGGGCGGGUACGCCGGCACCAGGGGCGCGCUCAACGUCUCUGCCGCUCCUGCCCCUCCGAACGCAAGCGCCGCUGCCAACUCAACGAGCCCAUCCAAUUCCACCAAGUCAACCGGGUCAACGAAGUCAUCCGCGUCCACGACGUCAGCCAUCUACCUGGACGGGUGGAACAUCAUUCAAGCGGUGAUUCAAGACCUCGUGCAGAAGCAUGAGAUGCGCUCGGCCUCACAGAUUCUGCUUUCAGGCAGCUCAGCUGGAGGGCAGGCGACAGUGAACCUCUGUGACUGGCUGGCGUCGUCCUUCCCAUCUGCCUCCACGCGCUGCCUCGUUGACUCGGGCUUCUUCCUUGACACGCGUGACCGCGCUAUGAACUACACCUUUCGGUCGCUGGCUCAGAACCUCACCGCACUGCACCGACCCUCCAACCCCACCUGCCCCCAUG